AUUUUCAUGUAUGUUACAGGUUAACAGUUGCAUGUUUGGUGUUGGUUCUUGCUAUGUGGGCAUGCGCAUCUUCAAGUACGUCGAAAUGGGGACCUGAUCUAACUUUAGAACUUCCGCCGCAUCUCAUACAGGAGGCACUUUUCGGAGCGAAAUCUUCAGAAAAAUCGAACGCGAUGCCAUAUAAUAAUUCUGUAGUACCAAGUGCUCCAUCAGAAAAACUUUACGACCCAUUGCUGACUAAUGAACAUCCAAUAGAUGUCAGUGAUCCUCCCCCUAAAGUACCACCUAAACCAUCUUGCAAAUUGGACAGGACUAGAGCUGUCCAAGUGUUGCCAAACAACUACAUCGAAGUCCACAGUUUUACUCGACCUGCGUUUUCUACAUUUAAAAUGGAACAGCCAAAUAAGUAAAGCAAAGAAAUAGACAUGUUAUAAAAUGGUGCUAGAAAACGUGCAAUCUGGAUGUUCGAUAAUGUUCCUAUUUAUUCUGAAAGAUGGUGAAAUGGAGCUUCAUUUUUCAUGUAGAUAAACACUUCGCGUAAAAGUGAACAUUUAUGUUGAAGUCUUAAAUGUUUUAUUUCUUUUGUACAUAUUUUCUUACUGCCAUUUUCAUGCAAAAUAAUUCUAUUUCAUACAUUAUGUAAUAAUUGUGUAAUAGACAUGCAUUUUAAAGCAAGCCAAAUUUUUAAAGGGCGUGGGGGACAUUUUCCUUAAGAAUUAUGCAUUUAAAUAUUUUUAGAAGUUUGUACGCAUCAAAAAAAAAAGUCUUUAAGCACAAAAGUGUAUGCAAUUUCAGUUAUAAUUACCACAGAAUAUUGAUCAAACUAUUAAAAGUUUGUUUCUUUUUUGUCAUUUUUUUCCUAUAAGGGCCAGUUGCCAGGAAAAGGAUUUGUGAAUGUUAAGAUUCUACAAAAUUUUGAAACCAAUGGCUAAAUUGUGGCAUUGUUCUCCUCUAGCCAUCUUUACUUCCCAGAAACUGUCACCGGAAAUCGAUCCAAAAUCCUUCACAGUGACAGCUCAUUCUAGUAGAGAAUAUGAGAAGAGGAAGGAAAACUUCCAUAGAAAAACAAGACACAGCAGCAAACAAAAAAUGAAUAAACAUGGCCAUAUAUGCCAUUUCAAAUAAUAAGUGACAUAGUAGCAUCAAAUCAGCGAUCACGUGAUGGGAUAAAUAAUUUAACAAAUGUUGCAAUCAACCAACAAGAAGUAUACAAUUAAAUUUAACAACUAAAAUGUGCAAAGAUGUUUUGAAGUGAGCAUACCCUUUGAAUUCAGUUUGAGGUAGUGUCUGGUUGCUUUUCCAAUAGGAGUUGUGUCAGCAGAUGAUGACAAAAGAUGCACAUGUCCUUGCAUAGAGAAUAAUGAACUCUCUUUUUCAAAAUAAGUACAAUACCGUUAAAAUAAUAUUUAAAGCCUGAUUAUAUAGUCUUAUAAAAGAAAUUUGAAUAGUGUUAACUGACUGCUGCAGAGAAACUGGUUUUCUCAGCAUUAUACAAUGGACAAACCUUGUUCAGAAGAACAUUUUCGUAGGAAUUUACUUAGUAGCUAAACAAUUAAAGGGUUGAUAGACACUGGCUUGACAACCGAUGGAUUCGAAUGUUUAGUCAAGUAUUGAUAUUAAUGCAAGAUAGAUACAUGAUGAAAAUUAAUUGCAAGUUGUCUGAGUGGAAAUUAACUAUACCUUCCACAAAGAAAAUCUGGGGCAUCACUUUAUUUUAUUUCCAUUUAUGAACAGUUGAUCCGUUCUAGUUUAUUUAAUGUUUAACAUUCCUAAUCUUGUCAUCAUGAACAAAAAAAAUAUAUAUUUGCAUUUAUUUUUCAAAAAAUGGAACUCAUUGCAUUUUAAAGUAUAAAUACUUUGAUUCAAAUGAAAUAAUUUCAUUUUGAAUGGUAUUAUUUAAUUCACGAGUUCACCUAACAUGAAUUUCUUACGGAGAUUACCUGUUUUCAGAUUCCUCGAAUCAAUCAAGAUACUAUUUAUUUAAAGAUACUAUUCAAUUAAGAUACUACUUAUUUAAUUUUUAAUAAAAUUAAAGUUUAUGACAAUGAAAUUAAUGUAAUGAAAAUUAAUUGUCAAUUAUUAAUAUUGAAUUAAUGUUCUUUGGUAUAAUCGCGAUAAUUUUAUUAUAACUACAGUAAAAAUUAUCCACUAUUAAAAACCAUAAUAAAAAUUCAUUUUGUGCAGCUUUCAAUAAAUUGGUCUGAAAAACAUUAUCCUUUUUCUAAUUUUAAUUUUUUUAAUACAUAAAUAUUUAGAAUUUUUUUUAGAUUUUUAGGUUUAAGUUUAGGUUACAGUUUAACUGUUAACACAGAACUUUAAUUUACAUUGCUAAGUUAGUAACGGCCUAAACUUGCCUAUUAAUGGAAAAUGUUUCUAAUAGUAACAUAGUGCAUAUUGCAACUCAUUCAUAUUAUGCUAAUGCAUAAUGUAAUUAAUUGUUAUUUUGCUAUUGCACAAAACAAUAAAUUUUUUGUUUUGUGUUGUGCUAAUGCAUAAUGUAAACCAUUUGUGUUGUAAUUAUUAUUUCUAUAGCUGUAUCACAUAUUUGCCAAUUAUGUAUUUAAAAUCAUCUUUCAGUUAUGCAGAUCUAAUAUCAGAAUCAUUACUUAGCUUUUUUUUUAUAAGUGAUGCUUUUAUGUUAUUAUAAGUGUGAAAAUAAAAUAAACACUGAACUGUG